AUGUUGUCGCGUAGGAUUUGGGGCGUCGCGGCCGCAUCGGCCGUCGUGUUCUCCAUACCCGCCGUCGCUGAACCAGUGCCGGUGGAGAGCCUGGGUCCUUCCUCGUUCGCGGCUCCCGGACUUUUCCCCGCGUCACUCUACAAGCAUUACUACAACAACCCCACGGCGACGUCGGCGCAGCCACAGCCUGUGAUCUCUGACCCGGUUCUGGCGAGUCACACGACUUACCCGUUCGACCUCACGAAUCCUGCUACGAUCCCGAAAAACAACACCAAGGAUCCGCAUCCUUUGCCGCCCAAGGCGUCCUCCGGCCAGAUCCUCGAGGCUGCGUUCCAACAGGUCCUGUCCAUCGCGAACAACUCCAACUUCGAGACCAACUGUGCAAAGUGUCAAGCGGGCCUUCAGGCUGCCAAGUUCCUCGCGUUGGCAGCGCCGGAGCUCGGGCCAGAGCUUGCGGUGCGCCUGUGCGAGCACUUCGACUUCAACAGCGACUGUCCCACCCAAUUCGGUGCCCAAACCCUCGGCGCGACAAUCACUCAAGUGGUUGCCGAGGCCGAUGUUGGGGGCCUAGAUGGACAGGCGAUUUGCAGCCAUUUCAUCUCAGGUCUCUGUCCGCUCCCGCCCACGACACCCCUGGACCUCACCAACUGGUUCACGAAGCCAAAGCCAAGCCCUCUUCCUGCAGCGAAGAAGCCCUCCGGAAAGCGCCUCAAGGUUCUGCAUCUGUCCGACUUCCACAUCGAUCCCCGGUACACGACCGGCGCGGAGGCGAACUGCACGACGGGCCUGUGCUGUCGCGAGAACAACCUCCACUCGCCUACCCCUGGCCAGAUCUCCUUCCCCGCGCCGCGCUACGGAGCGUACCUCUGCGAUUCGCCGUUCUCUUUGGCGGCGGCGGUGCUCCAGUCUAUUCCGGUGCUAGCAGGCACCGAGAAGACAGGAUUUGACUUCACGGUAUAUACCGGCGAUCUUGUGUCCCACGACUCCGAGAACCAGCUUUCAAGGGACUACAUCCUUUACACCGAGACCGUCAUCUACGACCUGUUCAAGCGGACGCUCGGCGCGGGGCCGGUCUAUGCAGCGCUUGGUAACCACGAUACAUACAACCAGGCUCAGGAUGCUCCUGAAGCUCUCGGUGGCGAGCUCGGUCAACAGUUCAGCUGGAACUACGACCAUGUCUCUUCCCUCUGGGAGUACGAGGGGUGGAUCCCGAAGUCUGCUGGAGACCUUUCCCGUGCGCACUACGCCGGGUACAUGGUUCGCCGCACAGACGGUCUUCGUGUAAUCACCUUGAACACCGACUUUUGUGCCGCCAACAUGUUUGCGUACAUUAACAUGACGAACCCCGACGUCUCCGGCAUGCUGCGCUUCCUUACGGACGAGCUGCAGGCUGCUGAGGAUGCAGGCGACUCCGUAUGGAUCUUGGGCCAUGUGUUGACCGGCUGGGACGGGAGCAACCCCCUCCAAAACCCUACCGACCUCUGUAAGUCGAACAUCGUCGACCGGUUCUCACCGCAUGUCAUCAAGGCCAUGUUCUGGGGUCAUACCCACGAGGAUCAAGUCAUGAUAUAUUACGCGAACAACGCCACCGUCAUCAGUGCAGAGACUGCAGGUGCAGUUGGAUGGAUCGGGCCGUCCGUCACUCCCUUGACUAAUCUCAACUCCGGGUUCCGCGUGUAUGAGGUCGACUCUGCCACCUUUGAGAUACUCGACGCGCACACAUGGAGGAGUGACGUCAACUCGUUCCCCAACCUUGACGGACAGACCCGCUUUGGGCCCACGUAUGAGUACGAGUACAACACCCGCCAGACCUAUGGCGCCAACGUCACUGGCUGGGGCCCUAACGACCCGCUCAACGCCACCUGGUGGCAUCAUGUCACUGAAGCUAUGGAAGUGGACAACACCCUAGUCACUGUCUUCAACACUUUACAAGGCAAAGGUUCAGUUCUCACCGCACCAUGCACUGGAGAGUGCAUCCCCGCGAAGAUCUGCUACAUUCGCAGCGGCAGUGCUUCGCUUGCGAAACAGAAUUGUCCUCUCGGCUUUGGCUCCGUUCAGUAG